AGGAGGAGGCGGCGGCGGAGGCCGCGGGCCGCGCCGGGCCAUGGCGUCGCUGGGGCUGAGCGAGCGGGAGCAAGCCGGCUGCCGCGAGCUGCUGGAGUUUCUCGAGACCGAGGAACUGAUGGCGCUGACCGACACCAUCACCCACCGCCUGGUGCACCCCGAGAGCCGCCAAGAAGCCAUUCAUGCAAUUUUGGUUUACAGUCAAAGUGCAGAAGAACUUUUGAAACGAAGGAAAAUCUAUCGAGAAAUAAUUUUUAAGUAUUUGGCAAUGCAAGGAAUUCCAGUACCUCCUUCCUCAGAGAAACAUCAACUUAUUGAUCGUGCAAAACAAUACUGGAAUGGGCAGCUCACAGCAAGAUCCUCAAAAUCCAGGGACAAAAAACCACACACGGUGAGUCAUGAGAAGAGCCAAAAGCUACCAAGUGAUGAUAUUCAUGAUCUAGGAGAAGAGUUCUGUCAGUGGUUCUUUGAACUCCUGAACUCUCAACAUCCCUUGAAUGUAGAGUCUGGAGAAACAUGGGGACCACAGCAUUUCUGGGAGGAUGCCAAAAUGAAGUUCUGUUACAACACAAUAGAAAAAAACAUGGAAGAAUAUGUUGGUGCAGAAAUGGUGAGCCUUCGCUUGCUCUCGCUGGUUAAAGAAGAAUGCCUUCUAUUGAAUCCCAAUUUGAAUGCUGAUGGACUGAAAUGCACAAUGUCUCGACAUGGGUUAGUGCUGGUAGCAGUGGCUGGUACGGUACAUAGAGGCAACACUUGUUUGGGUGUCUUUGAACAAAUUUUUGGACUCAUCCGCUGUCCAGUCAGAGAGAACACCUGGAAAAUAAAAUUUGUGAAUCUUAAAAUAGUUGGACAGAAUGCUCUGGAGCCUGGGAAACUAAGCGAAAAGCCGUCCAUAAAAUACGAAUCAAACCAACUGCAGGCAUUGUAUGAUGGCAAAGAACUGAGUCUGAUGGAACCUCAGAAAUUCUGAACAGUUUCUUCAGAAUCGAGAGACUGCAGGGAAAAAACACAGGGCACUUGCAGUGCAACCUUAAAUAUUGAAAUGAUUGCAGCUGUGUGAUGUUGUCUCUUUCUUGAGUCAGAUUUACUAACUGGAUGGCAGACUGAGAUACCGAGUAUAAAAUGUUAAUAGUAUUUUGGGCACCUUUCCACAGCUAACAGACACUUCAGAAUGUUUCUUUAAUUUUUGUAACUGUAUUUAGGAAUGGAAUUAUUUCGGUUAAUCUUGAUUAUAAAACAUGGUUAUGUUUAAAUAUGCCACAGCAGCAAUAUAUGGUGAACCUGAGAACUUAGGGUGCAUGAGUUGUAGGUUGCUUCUCUUCAGGUCACCAGUUUAAACUCUUAUCUGAGUGGUAACAGAAGGUCUGUUUUUGUGAAAUUGGGAUUAUUGAGUGUCUUUAAUGGACUACUAAAUCCCAAGAGAACCAGCUGUCAUUCUGGGAGGUUUUGGAGAGAACAGAAACAGACAAAAUAACAUGAAUGGAGACUACUUCUAUUUAUGUUCUAAAUGUGGUUCCUUUACUGAACAAUAGGAGUAGCUUAAUGUGACAAUGUAGGGUAGUUAGCACUGUUGAAGCCUUUUUCUUUUUGAAUUAAUAGCUUCCCUUUCUUUUGCCUUACAGUAUCAACUUCCAGUCAAUUCAGACAAACUCUGUUCUUUUAGCUACAUCCCCAAGCAGGCAAAUUUGAAGUGGUUGCCCAGGCAUUCUUUUCUAGCACUAGAUCAGGUAGUUGACUUCAGAACUUACUGCAGCACUGUGGGAAACAAAUGUUUUGAUAAUUAUUUUGUAGCUAGUUGCAAGAGAGUUUCUAAUAUAAUUGUUGUGAUUCUUGUGUAUUUUCUCAAAAUAAGAGUUUUUUCUGGUCAUAGCUGUAAUAAACUACAUUAACUAGAAGUCAAUUUGGUAAUACUGGCAAGUUACACCUAGAGCUGAUUUAAAAAAAUGUCAUUACUGAAAUUAAUGUUGUUAUGGAACUUGAGUACUUUUAAAAAUUCUCUUUUUAUAAGUGUUUAAAGAAGUGGGAUUUCUUUGUUUUUUCCGGUGGCUUGCUUGGGUUAUUUGAUUUUUGUUUUGUUUUAAUUAUACAGCUUCACCAGUACAAGCUUUGAAAAUGGGAACAUUUCCCAUAUCAAAUACAAAAGACCUGUUUCCAUACUGUAUUUGUAAAAGAAGAAGACAAUAUUGGUAAAAUUGUGGGUGAAUGAGGGGAAAUAAGAAGAUUCAAAUAUAUAUCCUGAAAUGUCCAGAAGUGAAUUUUUUAAUGAACAGUCUGAAUCUCAAGUUCUCUUUGACAAUUUUUUAAAUAAUUUAUUUUCUAAACAAAAGUUUACAUUCUGAGUUAGAAUGUUCUUUCCUGAUAAACUAUUGAGGUAUGACUUUGUCAGCUGUGUAAUAAACACAGAAAAAGCAA